UAAUUGAUUGCUGGAUCGUUUGUCAAUGUUAGCCUAAAGUGUGCCUAUAGAAUAGCUUGGGCUGCAUAAUUAACCACGAUUGAAAUUAUAGGCUGGUAUCUUCUCAGGAAGCAUGUCGGUCAAGUUGGGUCUCCCCAUGGAGUUUGUGGUGGGGGCCAGGCACGUCUAUCUAUUUUAGCAAGGGCACGCACGCGAAUGUUGUUCUGAGUCUGACAGUGCAACCGUACGAUGGCGAGAUUCUUACAAACACACUUUAGAAAUGUGUUGGCCACGCAGUUAAGGUUGUCAUCCGAUAAGUCGGGUGAUUCUGGAAAAGGUGUAGGUAAAGGUGGCACGGGCGGAGGGUCUUCUCGAGAGGCAGGUGCUUUUGGGAAGAUGCGAGCAACGCAAGAGGAGAUGUACUUCAAGCGUAAAGAGAAGGAGCAGUUGGGAGCUCUGAAGGAGCACCACCAGGAAGAGAUAGCCCACCACAAGAAGGAGAUUGAGCGGCUGCAGCAAGAGAUCAGACGCCACGAAGGGAAAAUCAAAGAGCUUAGGCCUAAAGACUGAAUGUGGCUUCACAGAAGUGCUUUGUGCCUGUUUCAGAUUCGGUGAUCGUUUGUGUUGCACGAUCUUUGCUCUGAGUUCUUCUUCUCUGAUUGUAACUAUCUACUGUAACAGUAUGAGAUUAUCAAAUGGGUGUUUACCUAAAUGAAUGUCUGUAUAGGGACUACUUUUCUGUGAUUUAAUAAAAAUGAGAAAGAAUGGUAAGCUAUAUAUAAUUUUGUAAACUCAUCCUUGCCUAUAGUGGCAGAAACGACCAGAAUACAACAGGGCCAGUUCUAGCCUACUGGGCUGGUGGAAAUAUUGGGUGGGCAACAUAACAAAGUGGUGAGAUGGAAUCAAAAUGUUAUUUUUUUCCCCCUCAAUGCAUCCAACCAAGGCUACAGAGAAAUCCGUAAAAAUCUGCUGCUUACACAA